CCGACCCCUCACCCCCGUAGGCCGUGACUCCCCGUAACGUCACUUCCUCCUUCUCCUCCUCCCGGGAGGGCGGUACGGCGGCCGGGCGGGAGCGGGCGGCGGAGGUGAGGGGCGAGCGGCGGGCGCCCGCGGGAGCGAUGGAGAUGCAGUCGUACUACACCAAGCUUCUGGGAGAGCUCAACGAGCAGCGCAAGAGGGACUUCUUCUGCGACUGCAGCAUCAUCGUGGAGGGGAGGAUCUUCAAAGCCCACAAAAACAUUUUGUUCGCCAACAGCGGCUAUUUCCGAGCCCUGCUAAUUCACUACAUCCAAGACAGUGGGCGCCACAGCACUGCCUCCCUGGACAUUGUCACCUCGGAGGCCUUCUCCAUCAUCCUAGACUUCCUUUAUUCCGGGAAGCUAGAUCUCUGUGGGGAAAAUGUUAUUGAGGUGAUGUCUGCGGCUAGCUAUUUGCAGAUGACCGAUGUGGUCAACUUCUGCAAAACGUAUAUAAGGUCAUCAUUAGAUAUUUGCAGGAAAAUAGAGAGAGAAGCUGCUUUCUAUCAGGCUGAUAGCGGGAGCGCUAGUUCUGCGAGAGAGGGCACCUCGUACAGCUCCAAGAGCCAGUGCUCUGCCUCCGUCUCUUCCCAGCAGGAAAAGGAAAGGCUUUCGGAUUGCCAGAGAGAUCCUCCCUGCGGUGAAUGCAGCGGCUGCCAUCCCCUGGAGCUUGUGGUCAGAGACCCUGUAAGCAGCGACUCUCCAGACAACAUUAAUUCUUCGCUGCCCAAAGGGGUGGAACCCAAAGUAGAGUUUGACUCGGAUGAAGUAGAGGUAGACGUGGGUGAACGGCUGCCGCAGUACCCGCCUGCGCUGUCCCUCGAGCAGAUGGAAGAGGGGCUGCACGGCGGGCAGGCGAUGGACCUGGCCUGCAAUAACUAUCACAUGAAACAAUUCCUAGAGGCCCUGUUGCGCAACAGCUCAGCUCAGAGAAAGGAUGAUGUGGUUCAUCACUUUGUCCGGGGCUUUGAGGGUAGGCCAGAGGAUGCAGGGGUAGCCAUGAGUUCCAUGAUGGACAUUCACAGCGACUGGUAUGGUGAGGACACAGGUGAUGUGUUAGUUGUGCCAAUCAAGCUUCACAAAUGUCCAUUCUGUCCCUACACGGCUAAACAGAAAGGAAUACUAAAACGGCACAUUCGCUCUCACACAGGUGAGAGACCCUACCCCUGUGAGACGUGUGGGAAACGUUUCACUCGGCAGGAACACCUUCGGAGUCACGCUUUAAGUGUGCAUCGAUCAAACAAGCCAAUUAUCUGUAAAGGUUGCAGAAGAACAUUCACAAGCAGCCUGUCUCAAGGAUUACGACGCUUUGGCUUGUGCGACAGCUGCACCUGCGUGACCACUACCCAUGAGGACUCGAUGCCCAUUAACCUCAGCCUAAUGGAACCUUCAUCAGAAGGCCAAGAGAAAGGUGAUGCCGAUAACGACUGGCCCAUUUAUGUGGAGUCUGGAGAGGAAAAUGAUCCAGCUGAUGAUGAGGAUGCUGAUGGUGAUGACAAGCAGGAAAUCCACAGGAGUUUAUCAGACCGAGAAACACUUAUGUAGCAGUGAGAGAAGAGUGGGAGCAUUUGAAGUGUCUCCCUGGCAGUGGUUGGUCUGCAACAGAAAACUGCGUAUCUGCCCAAUUAGUGAGACUGUGCUGUUUUUUAUUAUUCCUUUUUUUAAUAGAAGAGUGGGGAGAACUGGAAUUUUUAAUACCUUUAAGUUUUCAGUGCUGUGCACCAGAAAUCUGUGAAGAAUCUUCUGUCUGGGGUUCACAGAGGUUGUACUUGAGCAAUUUCCAGUGGUGUCUCUGCCUCCUACUUUUGAUUUUGCAGCUGGAAUGUUUCUGUUUUGUUUUGAUAACAGGUUUCUUCAAAUAAUGCUGUCGUGGUCCUUAAUCCCUGAUCUGAAAGGGGCACCAACUUCUCUCUGAAGAUUCUAUUAAAAGAAAUGUAGGUUUCAUCUGUUACCUCCAGACUUUUCUAAACUAAGUUGUGAUCCUUCUGAAUUAGGACAUUGUUAUCUAAAUUGUAAACCUUAAGUGUUUGCUUAGACUGGAUUUGACCCAGAAACCAGGGCAGACAAAGCAUGAUAUCAAAAAUAUGCUGCUGCUGAAAGCAUAGACAGUAAGAGUUAAUAUACAUGUCCUUAAUUGCUGAUAUUUAGAGAACAAGCUUCUGUUUCUGAAUUGCUUCUACUGCAUCUUCCUCUCUCAAGAGCUCAGACUACAGAUCUUCAGCUGUGUCUUUAAUGUCAUUUAGACAUGAGUAGUCUUGACUUAAGAAGCAUUAAGCGUAUGUUAGAGUGUCUAGUGCCCUGGUCCCUCAGUGUAAACUAAGCGAACUGCCUGAUUUUCUUCAGCUUUUUACAGUAGAAGUUAAAGCUGUCAGUCAGGUUACUUGGGAAUUCUGGUUUGGGGAGAUUAAAGAGACAGAUUCACAGCUGGUGUAGCUGAGGAGCAGUUACAUAUAAAUAUCUGAGCUAUGCAUAUAAACCAGCUCUGAAUACCCUUUUUGAAGCAAUUGGGUAGGAAACCUCAGAAAAUUUUACUAGCCUCUUUGUAUGCAAAUCCUUUUCUUUCUCUUUUACUAUAUUUUCUUUUAGUCUUUGGUGAUCCUUCUCAUGGUUUAUAUUGUGUGAAUUUAUCCAAGUACUGCUUUUUUUGUUUGUUUGUUUUAAAACUUCAGUGCGGACCUCACACUUCUUUUCUGGGAUAGAUGAAGGUUGGCUUUCAAAGGAGGUGAGAUUUUUUUACCUUUCCAGUACCAAGUUGAUAGAAGCUAUCAAAAACCAAGCCAGGAAGCUUUAGAAGAAAACACAUCGCCAAUAGAAAGCCUGUUUGCUUAUGGGUAGCCUACUGUUUCCUAAUGAAGAGACAAAAUUGAAAUAUAGCAUGAAAUAAGACUGUUAGUGCUUCCUCUCUAUGUUGUUCAUAAGUGUUUCAUGCAAAUGCAAAUGGUGUGAGUAUUUUGAGCUGGAGUAAGGGCUAGAUCAGAAGCGUGUAGACAGACACAGCUGAUAAAGAGCGAGCAGUUCCUCCCACUUAACGAGACAGUGCUUCUUGAGGUUUUUAGUGUAAAGACUUUACCCUUGGCAAACAUUAGAUGGAACCUAAACACCAAAGAGCCCUCGGACUUAACCAGGUGAGGUUUUUGGGGCUUUUUGCGUACCUCGUGCUUUUAUUUUACAUACUGAGAAAGAACAAUUCAACUUCUCUGUCUGCUUUGUCCUACAGUGAAACAGCAGUCCUAGAGUGAUGUCGCAGUUUACUUGUGAGAGGCGAUUCUGAUAUCGCAAAUGUGGUUAUGAAUUCAUUGCCAGAUCAGGUAGGAUGAGGAAAGAAGAAACAAACUUCUUUUUCAGCACAUCACUUUACCUUCUGCUGUUUUCAGGAAUUGCUAGUAAAGAGACUUGUUUUGAAAUGGUCUGGUCUAAGACCUUGACGAGCACCGCCUCGCCAGACAAUACUGGCAUCAUGUGCUACAUUUCUUUUCUGUAACUUAAGUUGUGUAAGCUUUCAGUAGUCCCUGUUCCAGGUCGUCUGUAAGUUUGAGUUUGUAAUAGCUGAACAGUAGCGUAGUGACACGCAUCAUCAUAGAGAGAGCUCACUAGGACCAGAUCUUUGAAAAAAUUCAGGGCUCUUUAGCCCCUCUUUUAGUCAUCUAAACUAACACCAUCAAAGAGACAACUCGUGUAGAUGCCAGACUUGGAGCUGAGCUCCUUUGGAAACCCUGCUCUGGUUUUGGGCCCUUUGCACUUUUGAAAACCUGAGCGAAACAUGGGCUUGUAAAUCUUGCCAGCACAUUUGAAAGUGCCACCUCCAGCCUACCAGGCCUAGUCUUUUGGACUGCUACUCUGCUUUUGUUGAGUCCGUCCAACAUCAGAGGGGUUGGGUUUUUUUUUUUUGUAUCUGCUUAUCUGAUAAAGGACGGACUCCUGCAUGUGAGAACACCUGAAAAAGUCAUGGAUUAUCUGUGUUUGCUGGGAGAUUAACUCGCUAAUGAAAGUGGGGUAAGAAUGUAAAUAGGGAUCCAAAAUGAUGCUUUGUGACCAGGCAUCCCAAUUUCUGGUCAUUCUAGCAUGAAGAUGCCACCUCAUUGUAAAUAUUGGUAGAAGCCGUGAGACAUGGAAUACCAGCUGAGCGUGGUCCUGGCUAGUGCGCCACAAUUAAACUGUCAGAAGAUUGAGCUUCUCACAUGGCUGAGCUGUGCUGAGGUGCGGGCUAGCUAACUCUGAAAGUGUGAAGACAUUCAGAGUAGGGAAAAUUAACCUCUUGUGAAAGUCCGUAUGUAAUAAGAGCUGCAGAAACGACUGCAGAGACCUUCAGUGAUUUUUACUUCGACCUGCUUUCUUUCGUCUUUGCGAUUGUUCUUGUGUGUCUUGUGCAUAAAGAAUGGAGCUGUGUUAAGGUUUGUGUAACGCUGGGUAAGGGGUGCGGGUGGGGGGUACGCCGUUCACGUUCCUGAUUGGAAGUGACCACCAAAAUCGAUGUUUCCUGUUGGACUGUCAUAUUGUGCUGCUUUGUUUUCAGUGGAGUCCUUCAGCCUUUGUAUUUAGAAGAGGAUGUAGUUUAUCCACAUUCUUGUGACCAGAUGUUCAUGUAAAUCUGUUUGCUGUGCUUUCCGCUUAGUUUUUGGAUGUUUUUCCUGAACUCUUCCAUUGUAGAUACAGCCUUUACAAGCUUUGAGAAGACAAUGUAGCUGUUUUAAAAUAUUCAUAUGGUGCUUAAUGAAGAAUCAAAAAUAAUGUUUUUAGGAAAGUUAUUUCUAAUAUAAUCUCUUUCUCAAAGUUUUUUAAAGGCCAUGCAGACUACAUAUCUUAAAGUCUUAGCUCUACGUAAUUGACUUUGUUUAGGAGUAUACGUUUUAAUGUACUUUUGCACAUAAUUGCACUGUAUUUCACUAAAGGAAUACAUGCUGCACUGGUAUUCAUAGUGCAUUUAACCUCUUGGUGCAAGACCUUGUAAAUCUUCCAAAUGUGGUUAUUUAAUUUACUGAUGUUUUGUAAGGCAGUUUCAUAACUGAAGUCCUUUAGUCUAGUUGAAAUGACAAAUUCUUAUAAAUUGAACCUUAUUUGUAGAAGUGACUUAACUAUAUUUGUGGAUCUUGGAGCAUUCUGGAGCUUUUUGAUUGUCUAGAAAAUAAAACUCUCUGAGAGGGUUGCUUUGAUUUUUUUACUGUUCAAGAGUUGACUGAGUAAACCUGAGAGUGUCUAGAUUAGAGCUCACAUUUCAAUUUCUGGGAAUUAAAAAUGAAUAUAUCCAUUUCAUUUUGACAGACGUUUUGCAAGCAAGAAUCAGAUUUGUGCUAGGAAAGGAUUAAAAGGAUGCUGUUAACUUAAAACCCAGCCAGCUGAUUUUUUUUUUAUAAAAUCUUUUAUAUUAUUAACACUGACUUUGCUUCCUUUACCACUCUUUGUAGUUUUAUAAUAAUCUUAACUUUUUAAACUCUUUUUAAAGCUUUUCAUUUUAAUGCUGGAUGAGAAAAAUCCAUGCAGCUGGGAAGCAGUCACUGCUCCUAGCCAGAAGAAAAGGCUGUCAAAUGCCUACAAUAAAAUGCAUGUGGGUGAGGGGGUGGGGGGACAGACUCCCAAAUAUUCUUUCUAGGUAAUUUUGAAUUAUAUUGGAUAAUUCACAGAGAGUCUUCUUAAACCUACUUUUACAGACUAUCAGAUUCAAAACCUGUAUUACCUGUUGAUUUAGAAUAUCCUGAAUCAAUGACAAAUGUAAUAACCCCUUCUUUCUUUUCCCUGUUUUCACUGGAACUGUGAAAUCUAUUCACUUUUAUUUUAUUGAGACCUUUACGUUUAUACAUUUUAGUUUCAGAAGUGCCUGGAAAUUAUUCAUAUUUCAAAAUUUAUUUACUAUUGUUUUUUUAAAUCAUUAAAAUAUUUUUGUUAGUACUAAAGAUUUUUAGAUCCAACUGAAGUUGACAGUGCCCUUGAGCAUGCACAUAACAUUUCUUCUCUUAAAGGUAACUCUUAACAUGUCGACCAAGUCACUGAAGACAGUCUCUUUGUGCCUUUUGUUGGAUUGUUUGAAAUCCAGAUUUUCAACACGUCUAGAAAUAUUAGUAAUGUGUAUGAGAAUAUAAAGGGCAUGAAGUUGUUAGAACCUUGCCAGCGGCUCCAUUUAUACACGUACGUGUGGUGUGCGUGCCCACAGAGAGCUGCUUUUAGGUCUGGAGUUAAGAUGUCAUCAUCUCUGGCACGUAGGUCAGCGGAGCGCUUUCACUAAAACACAACCAGUGAAUAUAACAACUUUUUUAGUUUUUAUUAAAUGGUUAUAGGCAGGUGUCUGGAUAUUACUCGAUAUUAGUAAAUUAAAAAGAAAAGAACAACUCAGCAAACAAGCAAAAAUCAAAACAAAACAAACACCACCCCUCUACCACCGCCCGCCCUCUCAAAACAACGUGCUGUAAGCAGCAACUUUAAAAUGCCAUCCCCAAAUACUCAAAUGCAAUAUAUAUACUGGGCUUUGGACUUUGGACUGCCAAUUGAGAUGAAAAAUAUUUUAACUGUCAAAAUAUGCGCCUCUCUACUUCUCACAUGCUUUUAGCAUAAGCAGCUAAGCGCCAUGAGGGCUUAGGCACGCAGGAUCGGUCCUAUUGAUCACGAGACUAGUUACAAGGGUAAAACGUAAGCAUACAUUGACAGUUUGGCAGAAUUAGGAACCACAUCAGCUCUUAGAAAUUCUCAAAGUUCUUCAGUGGCAAGGCUUGUUUUAAUCUUUAGCUGCUGGCUUCUUUCUGGGUUGGAGGGGAAUUGUGUGAACAAAAAUUUAAUUUCAGAGCCAAUGACUGUGCUACUGAUUUUUUAAAUUCUGUCUUGUUGUUUGGUUGUUAAUAACUAAGGUAUGUGAGCUCUGACCCAAACCAGUGCCUGUUACUCAAACAAAAAUAGGAAGCUUGCUUUGAAAUGGUUUUCUUCUCGUAGUUGUUUGUGUUUCUAAUACAAGAAAGAUAUUUUGUUGGUAAACAAUAGCUAUUGGUAGCCAUAACAGCUGUUCCUAGAUCACAAAAAAUUUGAACACCUCAGUCUCUGGAGACUUGGAGGAGUCUUCUCUCCUCCUGUAUGAAACCAAGAACUAGAAUACUCACAAAACUAAACAAGAGUUAACACUUCAGGGAGAUGCCCUGAUUUUAGGACCUGCUAAUUUGAGAUACCAUCAUGCAGAUGAAUCUAUGGGUAGAUUCAAGGACCUUCAUAAAUCUCCAAGCCCAUUCCAGGAUCUGUCCAAGCGAAAGCCCGUACAGUAAGAGCGCUGUGUUGUUAACCAAGAUGCUGUAUAUUUGUUGAGGCAGGAGAGGAAGAUUUUCACUUUUGAAAACCAACGUGUGAAUGUCACCAGUUAAUGCAGUAUCUCUGGGCAGAUCAGUGGAGUAGUUCAAUCAACAGUAAAUUGUCCUAAACUACUAAUUGGUACAAGAACAUUUGCAUUUGUACUGUCUGAAUCUGAUGGAUGUGAAAUUCAGCUACCCCAGCUUGCUCUGAAUGUCUACCUUCUUUUAAAUUUUUUACUGUUUUAACUCUUCUUUUGUUGUUUGCUGAACUUUUAAAUGUAGCAGAUUAUGACUUUUUAAAAAGCGCUCCAGUACAAGCAAAAUAAGGGUACUUUAAAAAAAAAAAAGAAACAAACAAACUAUCCUAUGUUAAGCAGAUUAUUUUGAUGAGAAAGAGGAAUGCUAGGGAGUGAAAGAAGGGAUUGGUAUCUGGUGCUCCGCUUCCACAGGUGUUUGGGAUCAAUAGUUCUAUGUGGGAGAAAGAUGGCAUAAAGCUCUGAAUCGUGGGUCUUUACCGUAUUUUACAAAAGACAGCUUUGCAGCGUUCGCAGACAACGCGGGGGACAGGCCGGGUAGCAGUGCAACCCCCCCAGACCUUUCCAGAUUUAAUAACUGGACGUUUUCUGCAGAUCAGUAACAGAGACGUUGCACUGAUCUUUUACCGCAAGCUGCCAGAUCUGCAAGUGUACCUGUGCUGAUGUCAGGGUGUCUGCGAGCGCAGGUAUCGGGGUGGAAGAGAGAGAACCAAACCGAACCAAAGCUGAGAAUUAAUGUGCAUCACCACCACAGAGGCAAUUUACCCUUUCUAAGGGGUGGGGAUCAAAUCUUUAAGUGCUUUUUGUAACCUUUUUUUCUACAGUGGUGCAUUACUGAAUUUGUCCCUAUUGUAUGCUAUAUUGUGUAUGUACUAUAUAUGUUUACUUUGUUGUAUGUGGUCUGGUUCUUUUAUAGUUAAAGAACAGAAAACAUUAAAUAAAUACUAAUCUCACA